GUGGGAAACACGUGACCAUCAGCGUGAUUCUUGCUAGUUUAGCAUCAAUUUCAUGAUCAAAUCCAGAAUCUUCUGAUUUCGGCACUUUUUGUUCUGGCGGCAGAAAUUCCGAGUCUCUGCUGCACCUCAAACGCAACAACUCGACAUCUUAGCUAACCAAUCAGAGAGCAGUAGCAUGACCAGACCGGAAGAAGAGUUCUGAUCGGUCAUGAUCGAUGACCAGAUCGUUUGACCGUGUUUACUAGGUAAGCUCUGCAAGAUUGGCUGAGCAGAUUCUGGGUAGACCGGUCCAAAUGCCGGGUUUCCACCAGAACCGUGAGAACUUCUGGGUUGGUGCUGUUAGACAUUGUGGUGCGUUCAGGGACGGUUUCGCUUCUUUAAUUUCUUCUUUAUUAUUUGUUUAGGAAAUAUUGUUCUGUAGUAAAACCAGAACCGUAACUGACGGCCGGGGAGAACAUAUUGGAUCAGCUCCAGGAAAAGAUCCGGUUCUUGUGCAGGAAUCAGUUCAGAGUUCACAGAUAAAUAAAAGCUGAUAACAUCAGAGCAAAGGUUCAUUCAACAAUCUGCUGGAAUAACGAACCUUUAACUGCAUCAUUUCUCUCUGGUCCAAAGUCGCCUGUUGGACCCGGGAGUCCGAAUCCGUCCAGAACCUCCCGCAGAGCCUAACCUGUCUGGACUCAAAAAAUGAAUCAAAACAUGAUCAGGUUCUGCAGAGGAUCCGGUCCAAAGACGACAACAUCUGUUUGAAAGCGGAAACUUUAAGAGUGCCGACCGAUCAGAACACUGGACUAACGGGAAGUGCAGGUUCCGGCAGACCCAGGAUGGAGACCCAGUCAGAGUUCUUCUUCUGCAGCGGAGCAGCGACCGAGGUUCUGAAAGUCGGUUCCUCUCAGCUGGCAGGAGAAGAAGAAGUGCUGGUGCUCCUCAUCCCAGGAAACCCGGGGGUUGUGGGCUUCUAUGAGAGCUUCAUGCGUACGCUGCACUGCAUGCUGGGAAGGCCCGUCUGGGCGGUAAGCCACGCCGGCCACUGCGCUCCUCCAGACUCCAUGGACCUCGUAGAAGAUGGUGUGGCGGCGGCGCGACGGGACGUGUUUGGACUGGACGGUCAGAUCCAACACAAGUUGGAUUUUAUCCAGGACCGGGUCCCCAGAGGAACCCGGUUGGUCCUGGUGGGCCACUCCAUCGGCUGCUACAUGAUACUGGAGAUGAUGAGGAGGAGUCCCGAGCUGGAGGUCCUGAAGGCCGUGCUGCUGUUCCCCACCAUCGAGCGGAUGGCCCAGAGCCCGCAGGGAAAGGUCAUGACCCCGAUGCUGUGCCAGCUGCGCUACCUGGCCUACCUGCCGCUCUUCCUGCUGUCGCUGCUGCCGCAGCGCGUCGCCGCCCUGCUGGUCCGCCUGCUGCUGCGCGGCGUGCCGGCGCUGGACCCCUGCGUGCUGCGGCCGGCGCUGCAGAUGUUCUCCGGUGACUGUGCAGUGAACUCCAUGUACCUGGGUGGCCAGGAAAUGAGGAUGGUUCAGGAAAGGGACAACGUUACCAUCCAGAAGAACCUGGACAGACUCAUUUUCUAUUAUGGAGCCACGGACCACUGGUGUCCGGUCAGCUACUUCCAGGACAUGAGGAGGGACUUCCCACACGGAGACAUCCGGCUGUGUGAGCGAGGCGUUCGCCAUGCCUUCGUCCUGGAUGCGGGGCAGGAAGUGGCUCAGAUGGUGGCCGUGUGGAUCUGCGCCUCUCUGACGCCUGAGAACCCAAAACCUGCCGGGCGAAACGGGCCGGGCGAAACGGGCCGGGCGAAACGGGCCGUCUGAAUGUUGAUCCCUGACUUCCUCCCACACAGAUCGUCACUAAAUCCUUCAGCGCCUGAAGCUUCAUCAUCAUGUGGGAAUCAGAAUUCAUAUUGUUCUUUGGCUCAUGCAAUUAUUAAUAGAUUGACCAAUCUAUUAAUUGGUUAAUCAUUUGAUCAAUAACUCAGUUAUUGAUCAAAUGAAUUCUGUGGUUUUGGCAGCACCUCAAACGGUGGCACUAGAACUGUAGAGAAUCUGAAUUCUGCAGGACAAAAUGUUGGACUUCAGCAGGUUCAGCUGUGAAAUGAAAUGCAAUUAUUAGUAACACUAGUUUAGUUUUAGGGUAGGGUUAGGGGUCAGGGGUUAGGGGUUAGAGGUUAGAGGUCAGGGGUCAGUUUAGUUUUUCAUCAAACUACAGCAGUAGUUAGCAGGUGAGGCUGCUCCAUAGCUGAGCUGCCAGCACUUUAAUGAGUCACAUUUAACGAGCCAUUAACCAAUAAAAUAAAUGCUUUUGAAAUUUAUUAUAAUUAUUUUAUCACUUAAUGAAUUUAACUGUUAAUUUGUGGUUUUAUUUUUCCAAUGAAUUGUGUUUUAAUAAAUUUAUUUUCAAAUGAA